AUGAAGAUCACGCAGUUGAUACUAGCAGCAAUGUCCAUGACUGCUACUAUCGCGGUCGCGUUGACGAAUGUCACGAUGUCCCAGGCCGGUAGUGGUUCCCAACAGGGAACGGUUCAGCCUGCCACGACUUCGAGCAACAGCGACUUCAUGGCGCCGUUCUCGACCGACGAACCUUCCAACCUCUUCAAACGCUAUGACACUCUCACCACGUUAGCACCGAUCAUCAACGUGGCUUCAGAAUUGCUCACUAAGCCGGUUCCCACCAACAAAUGGUGGGGGAACCUCAUCCACACCACCGCUCAAGACGUAAACACGGUGGCCAACCCCGCCUGGUCUAACCCAUACGCGCUGAAAUUGCCCAAGGAAGCGCCUUUCGGUCUUCAGGCUUGCUACUCUUACACGUACCGCAGCAUGGCCGAUGAGAUAGAUGGCGUCGUCAAGUACUACCUGCACUCGUUCCACAAUGACCUCACACUAUCGGCGACAGAGUUCGCGUCGAAACCCGACUACGAAAUCUACUCGUUCAGCGAUAUGGGCGUCAAUCUUCGCACCUGCAUGUCGGGUAGUGAUAACUGCAUGGAUUCAUCUCUUGUGAACGGUAUGGCUUUCGUCUCCGUCACAUACUCUAGUCUCACUGCUAGCAUCGAGUCUGAAUACACCAUGACCCUUGUAGGUGACUCGACUGCUGGCAAGUAUGUCAUUCAACUGGCAAACAACCAGACGUGGGUUGUCUACUCCAGUGACACCAGUGCACCCUUCUCAAUUGACAGCACGGGCUCAGCCUUAGUGUCUAGCACCCUUUACACUGGUACGCUUCGAGUGGCAAUUCUUCCUGACAGUAAGGACCAGAGUGUGUACGAUGACUACGCAUCCUGUAUUAUUCGUGGCGGUAAUGUGUCCGUGGAGUCCCGCACUACCUACUCGUUGCAGUGGGAAACUGAGGGCAGUGGAUGCGAUAGUGCGGGCCUUCUUCACUUUUCUCUGCCUCACCAAGUGGAAGUAAUGAGCACCGCCAUGACAACGCAGUCGAGUAACGCCAUUGUAUUGCAUUCGACCACCCGCGGUCAGAUGGUCGGCCAAGUGACGACGUCGGGGAGCUGGACCCUAACGGAAAGCGAGUCAAACGACGAGGUGGACUUCUACCCGGCCAACAAGGCCUCUUCUGACGUCGCCUCACAGAUUAAUCUGUUGUCGACACUGCAGAGCGACAUCAAUAGCGACUGGAGCUUGGACACUGGUAGCUGGUACUACAGCGGCAAGGCGUACCAGAAAUAUGCCUCGCUGUGCUUGAUGGCUGCCGACAGCUCAGUCGUGGGUGAUGACACUACGCUGUUGAGCACCUGCCUGGCAAAGCUUGAGGAGCUCGUUGAGCCGUUCCUUACCAACACUCUCGGCUCUCCUCUUGCUUACGAGACCGCCUACAAGGGCAUUGUGACCAGCCAGGUCUUCACAGUCAACAAUAUUGAUGUGGAGUUCGGCAACGGAAUUUACAAUGAUCACCACUAUCACUACGGCUACUGGGUGACGGCGUCUGCUAUUCUGAAAAAACUGGAUCCGACGUGGUCGGGUAUGGCACAGCUGGAGACGAUGGUGUGGACGCUGCUCCGUGACGUUGCCAACCCCAGCUCGGAUGACCAGUAUUUCCCUAAGUUUCGCCAUUUCUCGUGGUAUUUGGGUCAUUCGUACUCGCACGGUGUGACCCCCAUGGCUGAUGGAAAGGAUGAGGAAAGCACAUCAGAGGACCUUAACUUGUUCUACGGCAUGAAAUUGUGGGGACAAGUAUCGGGUAACAAGGCUGUAGAAGAUCUGGGCAGUCUCAUGCUGCGCCUCAAUGCUCGUGCCGUGCGGACCUACUUCCUUAUGACAUCGGACAACACGAUCCACCCGCCCCAAUUCGUGCCCAACCACGUCACGGGCAUCUUCUUCGACAACAAGGCGGACUACGCGACGUGGUUCAGCGCCGAGAAGUACUGCAUUCACGGCAUUCAGAUGAUCCCAGUGUCACCUAUUAACGCUUUGGCUCGCACAAGGACGUUCAUCCAGGAAGAAUGGGAUGAUAUUCUGUCGAAAGAAGCGAUUGUCACGGGCGGCGACACUACCAACGCAUGGCUGUCGCUGUUGCUUGUGAAUGAGGCUGUCAUCAACCAAACUGAUGCACUGGCAAAGUUAGCGACGGCUGCCAUGGACGACGGUCUCACCCGCUCGUGGGCAUUGUAUAACGCAGCAUCUCGUGGUGGAUCCAGCUCAAGUGGCACAAUCUCUACUGUCGCUCCAGAGACACUAAGUACAACUACAGCGACGCCCGAAGUAACGACUGCCACCCCAAGCGUGACUUCCGUCGCUCAAGAUACGCCAAGCACAACUACAGCAACGCCCGAAGCCACCACUGCCAGCCCAACAUUUAAUGUGACAACUGUUAGUCCGAGUGUAACAUCAGCAACUCCGACUGCCACGAUUGAUACUCCGAUCGUCACGACGGCCACUCCAGUUGCUACGUCAGCUCCCUUCACUACAAAGCCUUGUGUGAACACGAAGGCCCCGGGCUCCUGGAAGGACUCGGUGGGGCAGAACUAGAUUUGCGCCAAGCAUCAUCCUCUCGCUUCAGCGGAAACCUAUCCAUGUCGAGUGAAUCCACUUAGAGAACUGCGUAGUGUAAUGCG